AUGCACGCCUCACUGCUCUUCGUCUCGGCGUUAGCAGCCUCCGUAUGGGGUGCGCCUGCUUAUCCCAGAAUCACCGCGGUCGACAAGAUCGAGGGCGUCUCCGAGUACUUCAACCUGUUGGCGUCCAAAGUCCAAGAGAGUCGGUCACGGGCAGGCCCACCGGUGUGCGACCUUUCGGGUGUUUCUCUCCCAGCUGGCGCCUCCAGCAUGCCGGCACCGUCCGAGGGCCUCACGCUCAAACACAUCGCCAUCGGCCGCGGCACCCAGAACUACACCUGCAACCCCACCACUCCCGGAGAAGCCCCCAAAGCCAACGGUGCCGUAGCAACCCUCUUCAACGCCUCGUGCGCUGUAGCGACGAGCCCGGAACUCGCCGCGGCGCUGACCCGCGCGGCGCUCUACUUUGACCUGGCGCAGAGCGAGACGCUCCAGAAGCUCUCGCCUUCCAACCUCGCCCGCAGCGGUGUGCACUUCUUCACCGACUCGACGACUCCCUUCUUCAACCUCGACGUCUCGUCCGCCUGGAAGCUCGGCGAGAUCCCCUGCGGCAAGGCCGGCAGCGCGCCCGCGCCCCAAGACGCGCCGCGGGGCCUGCAGGGCGAGGCCGCUGUGCCCUGGCUCAAGCUGAGCGCCAAGCAGGGCGCCACCGGCGGGCUGCAGGAGGUGUACCGCCUCACGACGGUCGGCGGGAGCGCGCCGGCGACGUGUGAGGGCAUGCCCGCCAGUUUCGAGGUGCAGUAUUCUACGCAGUAA